AUGCGCCGUCCCCGCCGCCUCGUUCGCCCGCGCCGCCGCCCGCCGGUCGCCGCCACCUCGUCGGCCGGCUUCUUCUCCGGCAGAGCCCGGCGCCGCCCGGUCGCCCCUGCCGCCGCGCCGCCCUCGCCGGUCGGCCCCGCCGCCGCCGCCUCCGACGCUCCGGUGGCCGCGCCCGACUCCGGGCGGCCUCCUCUCCCUCCUACUCCGGCCGGCCCCGGCCCCCUUCUCCUCCCCACCGACGAGCGGCCUCGCCGGAGACCUCGGGAAUCGCGCCCUCGGGUUCGGUCCCAGUGGGAAGCUCGGCUUAGCCGGACCGGCUCCGGCCCAAAGCGACCGACCAUUCCAAACCCUCGCAUCCAAGCCGCCUCCGCCUCCGCCUCCGCCUCCGCCUCCACCUCCCCGCGGAUCUCCCAUCCAUCCAUGGCCGCCGCCGCCCCGGCCCGCAGGCUCCUCCUGCGCCUGCGUCUCCCACUCCCCCUCUGCAACCCAGCGCCGUCCCCCGUCCCGCUCCUCUCCCACCUGACGCCGCACCUCCACCCACCACCGCCACCGCAGCCAACGCUCCCGGGCGCCCCGGCCCCGGACCCGAAGCUCCGGGACCUCCUCUUCGCCUUCCACCCCGCCGUGCACGUAUACCCGUCCCUCGUCGACGUCCCGAGAGGAGGGCUGGGCGACCUUGACGCGCGCGAGGACGGAGGGGGGGCCAAGGAGGCGGAGGUGUGGGCGGACAGCGUCAAGAAGAAGCGGAAGCGCAAGAUGAACAAGCACAAGCUCCGCAAGCUCCGGAAGCGCCUCCGCCGCCAGACCUGAGCUCAUGGAUCCCGGCUUGAGGAUUGUGAUUGCAAGGAGGUCCUCCGGUGCCGCUGCCACACCGGUUUCAAGCUGAUGGUUUCUUCCAGUUAUUUUGGUUUGGUUAUAGGAGUAGCAGUUCUGGUACCAACAACGCAAUUGCUGCGACUGGGCACGUACCUACAAACACUGUAAUGACAAGGAGCCAGGAACGGGCUGUUUCAUGUCUGGAUUUCUGGCAGGCAAAUAAAGCUUCAAAUGCCGGUCUAACUCAUUUGUACUGUUCUUUCCCCAGAUCAAUGCUAUAACCUCAGUAUACUCGUGCCAGAAGAACUUUGUCUUAAAUAGUUCAUGAGUUGCCCUGAA